CUCUCUUCGGUGGCGAAGACGAAGGUCGACGGUACAAGACCAAACUCGACGACGCCAAUUUACCUGCAGGCGGAAACAAUUUUCUCCUGCGGGAACGGCGCAGGAGCUGAAAGACUUCUUGUGGUUCACACCUGAGUUCUUUGCCAUGUCGCUGCCAACUGCUGCGUCCACAGACAAGAGGAAGAAGGCCAACAAAAUCAUUACAGACUUCACCAACAUCAGCCAGAAUGAUGAUGAGUCUGACCCUGAAGCCUCCGAGUUGAACCUGGGCACCAAGAUCAAGACCCCCAAAGAUGUGAUGCUGGAGGAGCUUUCGUUGCUCAACAACAGAGGCUCUAAGAUGUUCCGCAAGAGGCAGCAGCGGGUCGACAAAUUUAUUACGACUAACGAGAACAUGCAGAACCUGCAGAACCUUCUGAUGUCACCCCCACCUGUCCCGCCAAAGCCCGAGAUGCCAAAAGAAGUGGCGGCGCAGGAGGAGGAGGUGGAAGACAAGGAGUCUGAGAAAGAAAGGAGGAGGAGGGAAUAUGUUCGCACCUACGUGUCGCCAUGGGAACGGGCCAUGAAGGGCAACCAGGAGCUCACAGCCACCAUGAAAGCCAGCAUGCCGAGACCCGGGCGGGUCCAGUUUCCUCAAUACAAGAGCUUCAACAGGACGGCAUUGCCCUUUGGUGGUGUGGAGAGGGGGUCUAAACUGAUGGUCUUUGAGCUUCCCGACCUCGGUGCGGACACCGACGAAUUGGAGCCACUGCCCUCCCUACAGGCUGACAUCCGCUCGCGACCCUCGUUCAACCGCACGCCUAUCGGCUGGGUGUGCAGCGAGGACAACACGCACAUCCACAUGGACCUGGACGCCAUCCCAUUUGACGGAGAGAGCGAUGAUCUAUGAGCACACACAUUCAGUCAUUUAUAUUCGAGCAGGAUAGCUUCAGUUGCUGUUUAAUGCAUGGAAAUAUAAAAUAGAAAAAGGACAAAGUACAGUCCUUAUUUAAAAGUUUUACUGUGAUUUUGCAUAACCUGUGCUAACGUACUAACAUGUGUCACUGGUGAAAUUAACUUGACUAAAA